AUGGCGAUCCUCGGUGGCCCGGACGGUAUGAUUGAGGUCCGGCUUGUGAAAUUACCCUUCGAUGCCGCCGCCCGUGUCUACUUUGACGAGUAUGAGAAGCUGGGUGAUCCAUAUCCGCCCAAUCCAUGCUACGAAUGUACAAGGUUCAUCGCACCAGAAAAUGGUCCGUAUGGCAUCGAGAUUACAUUGAAGAAAGGGCUAAAGAUCAAUAAAUACCGCUGGUUGGGAUUAAACAUUUUUGAUAGAGCCCGGAAUGCUCUUGUUGCAGUGGAGCAUAUCAGAAAGAAAGCUCCAUCCCUAUCAAAAUUCUUGAACAAGGAUCAAGUUCAUCUCAUCACUACUUUUGGAAAGGUUGUACUGAGUGGGACUGUGUUAAAAGAUGCAUCCCUCAGCCUCGAAGGGCUUGUACCUGACGAAAACCUUGCCAAAGAGACCGAUGUCCAAGGGAUCGAUGUCAGUAAACUUGGCGGCAUUCAAGUUCAGGUAUACUUGGCCACCAAAGCCAAUAUGUCAACCUAUAGCGAGCAAACGUAUCAAGCGAAAGUCGCAAAACACAAUGCGCGCUUCACAUCGCAAGCUAGUAAGGUAGAUGCGAAGAGUUUCGAGAAAGAUGGUAUUACACAUAAAAUCGGAGUAACAGGAGGCGUGCCUACAGGCGCUCCAAAUUUCCCUGAAAGAACGAUGAUGCAGUAUGGUCAGGUUUCGACCAAACAUAAAUUCAACUUCUUGUGCCGCAGUCGAGACUUCAUUGAAAACAAAGCAGGGCUAUUUAAGGACCAUGUUCCUCUAGAACUCCAGCCAUGGGAUUUGUUGAAAAUAUCUGAUCGCGCAGCGUGUUUCAGAAAACUCCAGAAUCACGACAAAGAUAGGUUCUGGAAAAUGAAGGUGAUCGAUGCGGGCUCGGAAGCGGAUUCUCAAUCGAUUUACAAGAAUCUCUUCAAAGAAGGAAUCUUGCCAAUCCAUUGGCGUGUAUGGAGCGCAUACGGGAAGCGAGAGAGGGAACUUGUGUUCCAAAUGCUCCAGGAUCGCCGCAAGUUUUUCGAUAAAGGAGAAUAUCCGCCUGAGCCAGGAGCCGUGAACGUUGCGCCAGAAGCUGCUAAAGCCCAGGCCGCACCUAUCAAGGCCGAGCCUAUUAUUGAAGAAACCAUCGUUGCUGAGCCCGCCGCUACCCAAUCGCCCAUUGCAGAGCCUAUCGUCACAACCGCCAUCAAGAACGAGCCUGAAGAAGCAUCGUCAACACGAAAAGCCCAAACCCCACCGCCAGAGGUUAUCAUCACUGAUGACACUCCUCCUCGCCACGAUAACCAGCUCGCACCAGCAACAACGACCGUCAUCAAGAACGAGCCUGAAGAAGCGCAAACACCGUCAAAACCAAAAGCCCGAAAACCCCAGGCCGAAGCCAUCAUCAUUAUCGACGACACUCCUCCUCGCCACAACCUUCGGCCUGCAGCCGCUCCAGUCCCAGCCCCAAAGCUCACCAUCAAGAGCGAGGAAAUCGACAGUACUACUGCCCUCCAGCCCUCACCUCAAGCCAAACGUCCCUCAACUAAGCCAGACUCUCCUACGCCAGCAAAGAGAGCCAAAGUCAAGGUCGAGCCAGACGCGAACGUCGUCACGAUCACCGACGACCACAACGACGACGACGACGACGACGAUGCUGUUGCCGAAUUAGAGGCCCACGAAGAACAGAUCCGGCAGGAGAUCUUGCAUGCCGAGCGACUAGCUGAACUGAUGCGUGAGCGACGAGAAGUUCGGCAGAGCCUGGCUGCGCGGAGAGGCGGAAGAGGAGGAGGAGUCAGCAAGCGAGCGCUAAUCUAA